AGAAGCUGGCGUCACUGUGGCUGUUCAUCAUCCCUCCCACCCCCGCUUCCCUCCCUCCCUCUCUCCCGUCCUCGAGGCUUUCUACUGAGCUAUUUUCCACAAAGGCGCUCAUGGAACAUCCCAUCAAGUGCUUUUCCUCGCACCCCCCUCUUGAAGAAGAACGACCGGCCAUGUCCAAGACCGCAGAGCACCAGACGAACAGCAUGUCCAGCAGGCAGCGAUGUCCGAAGGCCAAGGAGCUGGAGAACAUAGAGGCUUUGGUGCGUUCUGUGGAGGAAACCCCCGAUCCCGUCCCCACCACCAUCCAAGGAACCAUCCCAGCCUGGAUCAAUGGGAGCUUCCUGAGAAAUGGUCCUGGGAAGUUUGAGUUUGGAAAAGACAGUUACACCCACUGGUUUGACGGAAUGGCCCUGAUGCACCGGUUCCACAUCUGUGAGGGCAAUGUCACCUACAGUAGCCGAUUCCUCAGAAGUGACUCAUAUGUCUCCAACUCGGAGAAGAACCGCAUCGUGGUGUCAGAGUUUGGCACAAUUGCCAUGCCGGAUCCCUGCAAGAACAUCUUUCAGCGUUUCUUUUCGCGCUUUCAGGUUCCUAAGGCCACAGAUAACGCCAGCGUGAACUUUGUCAAGUACAAGGGAGACUAUUAUGUCAGCACAGAAACCAACUACAUGAGGCGAGUCGAUCCACAGAGCCUGGAGACAAAGGAGAAGGUGGACUGGAGUAAAUACAUUGCUGUCAACUCAGCCACAGCUCACCCACACUAUGACCGGGAGGGAGCCACGUACAACAUGGGCAACUCCUACGGAAAAAGCGGUUUCUUCUACAAUAUCAUUCGCGUGCCUCCUCCUGAGGAGAAGGCAGCAGUUGAGGACUCUGCAGACCUCACUGGAGCCAGCGUGAUCUGCUCAAUCCCUGCUUCUGAACCCAGAAAACCGUCCUACUAUCACAGCUUUGUCAUGUCAGAGAAUUACAUUGUAUUCAUUGAGCAGCCGAUCAAGCUGGACCUGCUGAAGUUCAUGCUGUACACAAUCCUGGGAAAGAGCUUCCACAAAGUCAUGACCUGGGAGCCUCAGUAUGACACCAUCUUCCACUUGGUCAACAGGCACACUGGCCAGGUGAGCGAAGUGCAGUACCGCGCAGCACCCAUGUUCACGCUGCAUCAGAUCAAUGCUUUUGAGGACAACGGCCUCUUGGUGAUGGACAUGUGCUGUGGGGACGAUGGGGAUGUCAUUGGAGACUUUACCCUGGAGAACCUCCGUAGAGGCUCAGGAGAGGAAAUGGACAAGUUUUACAACUCGAUGUGCAGGAACCUCCCAAGGAGAUAUGUUCUACCCCUGACUGUGGACGGACAAACUCCUUUGGACCAAAACCUCGUCACUUUGAGCAACUAUAAAGCCACAGCAAAAAAGACCAAACCACAAGAGGUUUACAUGACCCACGAGGAGCUCUACGACGAUGAGCUGCUGCAAUACGGCGGCCUUGAGUUCCCUCAGAUCAACUACGACCAGCACAACGGCAGAGCCUACCGCUACUUCUACUCCUGCGGCUUUGGACAUGUCUUCGGUGACUCCCUGCUCAAAAUGGACGUCCACACCAAGGAGCUCAAGGUGUGGCGUUAUCCCGGCUUGUAUCCGUCCGAGCCUGUCUUUGUUGCGUUGCCCGGAGCUACUGAGGAAGAUGAUGGAGUGAUCUUGUCAGUCAUCAUCACGCCUAGAGAAGAAAAAAGUACUUUCCUACUUGUCCUGGAUGCGAAGACCUUCACUGAGUUGGGACGAGCAGAGGUCCCUGUCAACGUCCCAUAUGGGACCCACGGCGUGUUCAACAGGAUGGGCUAGAUCGGCCGCUGUUAGCAACUCUUGCGAAUUCCUGAAACUUAACCAGUGACCCAUACAAUUCAUUUUGGAGCGCCCAGAAUCAAAAAUCUGCCUCUGAGGACUUUAUCCACAGAAGGUGAUCGUCUCUGUUGGUGUCAUGGUAUGUAACAUUCCUGAACUGUAAAAGAAAUGAGUGCCGGGAUACACUGAGGGUCGUACUAUUUGUUUGUACCUAAAAGACAGCAAUUGUCUGUAGACCAACAAGACAGAAAGCAAAGUGGCAUCAGCAAACUGAUUAUGGGUUCUGUGCUCUUGUAAGAUUUUUGAAACAACAGUCAAUGACUAGACGCCUAUGUGGGUGGCGCUUACUUGGAAGAAAUAAGAAAUCACUUGAAAAACAUUUUGAAUAAACAAAACAAAGCAUUUCAGUAAAUUCACACAUUGAAAUAAAAUCAAUUUCCUCUUUUUUCUGUCUAAUACCCAAGUGUUUUUGCAUCAUCACGCCACUGGAAACGCUAUACUCCCCAUGAGAACAGAACAGCACUUAGGAUACAUAAAAAUGCAUCAGAGGAAAUUCAAUUUCUGUCAAAGUAAUGUGAUAGAAAUGGACAUCUCUGAGAUGCCUGGAAAACAAAUGGAUCUAGCUGGUCGAUAGCUUCCAGAGAGUCUAGCAGAGGUCACAUCAGAAAUGUAGUGCCGUUCAAACGCUCCACAAAACCCAAAACAAAGUUGACACACACACAAACAAUGACAUGAAGGACCCUGCCAGCGAAUGGGAACGGUUUCUUGUUUUGUUCUGUUAAAACGUGCCAGUGUGUGAGCAAAACAGGACAGAGUGAAGCAUGCAGACUCUAUGUGAAUGUGAAGCAGAGACGCAGUGGUCACUGCACCGUCUCCACGCUUGACCCUGCUGAUGUUUAUUUCCCUCUUGUAUGGAUUUGAACAGAUUAUUUAAACUUUGGGCUGUAAACCUGAUACAGGCACUAAUGGCCGGGUGAAAGCUGAGACGUUUCCAAAAUAUUACAACCUUCAUGAAUAUUUUUUUCUCUGCCUUUUUAUAUAUUCCAGAGCAGACUUUCAGUCAAGCGUGUCAGUGGGUAGGUUUAGAAAAUAUUUUGUAAUAGCAAGUCCUAACCUUCAAUAAUGCAUGACUGUACAGUGCACCGAGGCAGAGGUUUCAUCUUUAGCUUAUCUUACACUGAACUAAAUAAAACAGGUAGUGCACUACUUUUUUGUUUUUGGAUUUAAUGUAAUUCAUUUAAUUCUGGGAAUUAACACCUAUAAUGUUUUGUCAUGGUCCUUGCUCAACUCGGGUUGUGUCUCCUAAUAAGCAUGCUGUACAGGUCUCCCAAGAUACACAUUAAUUAGUCCAUAAUUCCUAAUCUAGUCAGUCAUGUUGAACCGCCGCGUGGUUGCGUGCGUGCGUGUGUGUGCAUGCAUCAGUUCAUUAUUAGUCUAUGCGACGAGUAGAGAGAGAUGCAGCGACCUUUGCCCCCCAGACAAAUCUCAAGCUAAAUUUAGUUUCCACAAAUCUUUGAGUAGAAGCCAACCCUGUUUUAAUGGUGCCAAACACCCCUUUGAUUCAAGGUGUAAUUGGGUGGGACAAUAAGCAUGAGGAUCAAUGGGGCAUUAAUUGUGUUCUGCUAGAUAUUUAACAUUGUAGUUGAAUAAAAGGCAAGCGCACCAAUCAGCCAUUCUGAAAACACUUGUGAAGCCACUUAUAGACGCUGUAAUAAAACUUACAUGUAACAUUUGUA